UUGCUAAAACGCAUAUUCUUCUUAUUCUCUAUCAUCAUCUCACCGUCUUUUUUUAAUUUCGUCUUCCUCAUCCUUCUCCUCUCUGAACCUCUCUAACUAAGGAAUUUGACAGAAGAAAUGGCGACGGAUUACAACAGAGCCGAUGAUUUCUUAUUUUCUCAGCAACAACAAGAGUGUACCACUGGUGCAAAUAAAUACGGAGGACUUGUGCCAAAGAAAAAGCCUCUUAUCUCUAAGGACUACAAACGCGCUUUCUUUGAUUCAGCAGAUUGGGCUUUGCACAAGCAAGAAGCAAGUAUAGAUGAGAGAACAAUAGCGGCAAUAGAAAAUCUAAGACCCAAAUUACAGAGAACGCCUCGCAAGCAACUUCCCCCUAGAAGACCCACAUGUGCAUCUGGUCAUGAGAGUUUGACAGAGUCGAGCUUUUAGGGUACAAGGAAAAGGGUUUUGAUGUGGAACUGGAACGUGAUUGGUUUGGUAGUGAGCCUGCCUACUCACGUGUUUCAUGUUUCCAUUAAAACUUGUAUGCAAAAGUUGUUCGGUUUUUUUUUCACUCUUGGUUCAUAAAAUACUUGUCGUUUCAAUAAAUAUCGCAGACAAUUGUUGCUGUUUCUUUUCUUUCUUUUCUUGUUUGUUCCAUAACCAUUCACAGCAUAAAUGAGACAACACCACACAAAAGUUGAAAACCA